AUGGAUUUCCAGGCAAAUCACACCUCCAACGAUUCCUCUCCAAACAUCUCACAGCUGGGACAAGUCUCCCCCUCCAACGGUGAUCUAAACUCCUUGAGCUAUCCAACCAUUAUCAUGUCCAUCCUCUUUGGUAUCAUUUGCCUUGUGGGCAUCAUUGGCAACAGCCUGGUGAUCUGUGCUGUCUUUAAGAAAUCCAGCCCAGGCAGCAGCGUACCUGAUAUCUUCAUUGUCAAUCUUUCCUUGGUGGACCUCCUGUUCCUCCUGGGUAUGCCCUUCCUCAUCCAUCAGCUGCUGGGCAAAGGAACCUGGAAGUUUGGAGAAACCAUGUGCACCAUCAUUACUGCCUUGGAUGCCAACAGCCAGUUCACCAGCAUUUACAUCCUCACUGCCAUGUCCAUUGACCGCUAUCUGGCUACUGUGCAUCCUUUCUCCUCCACCCGCUUCAGGAAGCCCCCAGUGGCCAUCUUGGCCAUCUGUAUGCUCUGGGCCCUCUCCUUUCUCAGCAUCACUCCAGUCUGGAUGUACACACAGCUCAUUCCCCUGCCAGGAGAGCUGCUGGGUUGUGGGAUUCAUCUGCCAGAUCCUCAGCGGGACAUCUACUGGUAUACUCUCUACCAGUUCUUCCUUGCUUUCGCCAUCCCUUUUGCUCUCAUCACAGUGGCCUAUCAGAGAAUCCUCCUGAAGAUGGCCAGGUCCUCUGAAGCACUGACCAGACAAAGAGGCACCCAACUCCGGAUCAAAAGGGUGACCCGCAUCGCCAUUGCCAUCUGCCUGGCCUUCUUCGUGUGCUGGGCCCCGUUCCAUGUCCUACAGCUAGUGCAACUGGCUGUCCAGCCCACCUUACCUUUCUAUUAUGCCUACAAUGUGGCAAUCAGCCUGGGUUAUGCCAACAGCUCCCUUAACCCAUUCAUCUACAUCUUUCUUGGGCAGAAUUCCCACCGAAGAAUCACGGUCUCUGACAAACCCGCAGAUGCAGAGGGACUUUUUCAAAACCAAGUCAAAAAUGCCCCAGGAGAACCCAGUGAAUCUGGGCAACCUUUGUUGCAUUUGGUCUCUGUCUUAGCCAGAUAG